CAUUGCGGAAGAGAAGGAGAUUGAGGUGUGGAACGUUGUGGUUAGUAGUUUACCCGAAUUUCCGCAAUUAGGACCAGUACAUGUACUUGCGGCCAUGACAUUUUUAUUGACCGUUUUACCACCGAAUGGACAGGUUUGCGUCCUUUCAGCUGUAGCUGACAAGUCGUGCUGCGAACUAAUUGUAGAUCUGUAAAACAACAAUAAAACAUGCUAAAUAGAGUGAUUUUCUACGCAAAUAGUGAGAAACAUCCCUUAGAAAACACACGAUGUUUAUUAUUUCUGUUUUCACGAUGCAUGCAGCCAUAUUUUUCCUUGUGUUUGGUAUAGUGCAGAGUUUUAGACAUCGAGACGUCCUGGAUCUCUACAGAUAUAAAUACCAAGGAAAUGGCAUGUUUUUUGGAGCGUCUUACGGAGGGACGUGCAGCUAUGACCCUCCAAGUAUGCCAGUUGCUGCUCGAUAUAUUGACAGAACUAUCGCCAUCAAUGCCCGUCAGUUUUAUAGAGGAUUUGCCUGUGGUGUCUGUUUUAGGGUUACCGAGUCGGGUAAAGGGAAUGGUGGGGCACCUGUCGAUAGGACAUUCACUGUUCUUGUGAAAGAUUUCUGUCCAAAUUGUAUGCCCGGCGUACCAGCAAUAAAAGAUGACGUAGAUGGCAGGCUUGGGAUGGAAAUGCAAGCAAUACAGUGCCCUGUUGGGAACUCGUCACUGGAGUAUAAAUUCCAGGGGAGUAGCCCGUACUACAUCAAGCUUCAGGUUAGAAAUGCAAGAAUUCCUGCCACAAGAGUAGACUUGUAUCAACCAAAGUGGCGGCAGUGGACCCCCCUUGCUCAUACCUCUGAUGGUUUUUGGACAUUUGGAACGGAUCCUGUCGAGAGACCUGUCGUGGCCCCUUUUCGCAUUCGUUUGACUGCAGCUAACGGGCAAAGAAUUGUUGAUACUGUUCCUGAAUUAGUGAAUGGCGUUGUAUUGCAAGGCAAUGGAAAACAAUUUGAAUUCGAUCCCAAUUUACCCCGGUAGAUGAAACGAGAAUCACGGUGUUAUUAACAUAUUCUAUAAAUCAGACUGUGUACAUAAUUUCUGAAUCUAUAUUAUGUAACACAUUAAAAUGUCAGUGAAAUAUGACUAAUUUCUAGAUGCAUGCGAUGAAAAUUCGACAUAUUCAUAACCUAGUACGUUUAACUCAAGGUUAUGAAUGCACUUUCGUGAACAUACUAAUAGCACAUUAGUUCUUAGUUUAUACCGUAACGAAUUACCAAUCUUACAUUCUUACCUAGAUAUGUCAUACUUUUAAAAAAUUAACAAAAUAUGAUUGCAAGAAUACGACAGUUGAAUAUCGACAUCGAGAGGAACAAUUAAUAUAUGUAAAAAUUCCAUUGUCUUUAAUUGUUCUUCAGUACUUCAAUUCAUUAUAUUAUUUUUAAUACUGAAUGUAGUUCAUUAAAUUAUUCUCCAGUA